UCUCUUCCCAUUAUUUUACAGGUUUUGAUGUUGGCAUUCAUUUUCAUCUUGUGAAUAUUUAACUAAAUGGGUUGAUCCAAUGAUUGCCACUUGUAUGGACCAAGAGAAUGAAUGAAUGGAAAUGGAAAAAUUUGCAGCGUUUUGUUUAUGAUGCUUCCACACAACGACAGCAGAUAUUUUUUCUUGGUGGUCUAUUACUUGCUGUCAUCUUCUGUGGAGGGACUAUGUCAGUUUGUACCAAUGGAUGUAGUCUACACUUGGGUGAAUGGAUCUGACCCUGAUUGGCUCAGGAACCUGAGGAGAGUGAAGGAGGAGCUAAUUGAAAAUUUUUAUUUUUCAAGGUCUCCUAAUGAAAAUGCUUCAUGCAAUCUUUUCCUUUGUGCUCCAGCUAAGGUGCUUGUUUUUAGUCCCCGAUUGCCAGAUUACAUAUCUGUGAAGUAUCUACGAAUGCUCCUUCCGGGAAUCCACACAGAUGCCAUACUGCAUCACACCAAUCUCACCUUGCCUUAUUCAGCCAGCUACAUCUUCCAGCCUCGGAUGGAAGAUGUGAACAUCUUAGCAUCAACUCAUCAGCAGAUUACGAUCAAUCAAGAAAUGUAUUCAGUGUCAAUUGGGCAUUGGACAGCUGAGGAGGAAGCUCCAUUUUCCUUGGACUUCAGAGACACAGUGUUAGCUAGAAUCUGGGCAAGAGAGAAUGUCACUGAGGAAGUCUUGGCUGCUGAACUCCCUGCAGAGGUGAAAAGAGAAAUAGAAGACAUUGUCCUUCUUAGAAGUCAACUCUUCCUGUUGCGCUUUAAGGCUCAGGAAGUGCCUGAACGCAUCCUUCAGAUGGCAGAAGAAGAGAGUCUGCAAUUUCAAGGAGAACCUAUGAGGCUGUUUCAUGCAAGACUAGUGCUGAGAUUGUAUUUUGACAUCCCUUGGAUCAAGGACAUUUCUUCUCAUCGAUUCCAGGAUAACGAGGAAUUGCGUUAUUCCUUGCGCUCACUAGAAAAUUAUGCUCCAUGGGUGAGGAAUGUCUUCUUGGUGACUGCAGGACAGAUUCCUUACUGGUUGAACUUGGAGAACCCCAGGUUGAAAAUAGUUUCCCAUUAUGAAAUUUUUCCCAACAAGUCUCAUCUGCCUACUUUUAGUAGCCCUGCCAUUGAAAGUCACUUGCAUCAGAUUCCAGGGCUGAGUGAUAAAUUCAUAUAUUUCAACGAUGAUGUGAUGUUGGGAAAGCCUGUCUGGCCAGAUGACUUCUAUGCUGAAACUACUGGGCAGAAACUGUAUCUAUCAUGGAAUCUUCCUGAUUGUCAUGAGGGAUGCCCUCCAUCAUGGUUGCAUGAUGGAACAUGUGACCCAGUGUGCAAUCAUUCAGAAUGUGAUUGGGAUGGAGGAGAUUGUGUGGGUGUCCAGCUUAAUUCAACCACACCCUGGGGUGGACUACCAGAAGAGGAGGAAGAAACUCAACUCUGUGCUCCCCUUUGUCUCAAUUCAUGGCUUGCUGACCAGUACUGUGAUAAUACUUGCAACGUAGUUGACUGUGGUUUUGACUUGGGUGACUGUGGGAAAGAAAUUUUGUGCACUUUGGAACAGAUUCAUUUUUUCCCUGGCACUAGUCAAUAUCAUCUCAGGAAUGGAACUGUGGCUGGCUUGUUGAACAUGACUCACUUUGGACCUGGGGUCUCUUUGACACAAGGAACAUAUGUGCCAAAUAGCUUGGUGCGAACUGUCCAUUGGUCACUGCAUGAUCAAUUUGCCAUUCUUCUCCUUUAUGAGGGUCACAAUGCAACUGACAUUUCAUUCAGACUCAAUGCAAAGGAUACUGCUGGAGAGAAAACUUGGGAAUUUGUGGUAUCUGUCCAUACAUUGCGACCAAAGAGCAGUCAUGCUACUAGGAGCCAUGUGAAUGCUGCACAGUCCAUGUUGACUCCCAAUGCCUCUGUCCUCAUGUCCCUGGGAGCUUUGAAUCUGACAUUUUCUACAUCAGCAAUACACACAUCAUACAGGGAAACAUUGGAUAUGUUGAGUAAGGAAUGGGUGGACGGAUUGCUUACUAACAGAGGAGUCCUCUACAAGAGGGGUCUUGCCACAUUCCAUGCUCUUCGCAUCUACUCAAAUUCUCUUGCUUCCUCCAUUGUUGACAUGAAGUUUCUCACAUCACUCAAUCACUCUCAUCUCCAUCCUCUUGCUGCACAAUUCAAUGUCACUGUUCUUCAGAGCUUAGUGGCAGCAGAAGAUGAUGGGGAUCAGUUGGUAGUUCCCAAUUAUCAGGGAAGCCUGGUGCCUGGAAGACGUUUGAUGGAGGGGUUUGGCGAUAGUCUAAAGUAUGUGAAUCGCAUGUACAAUCACCAGUAUGGUAUUGAAGCAAGGCGUGUCCCAGCUCAUAUCCCUCAUCUCAUUGACAAGGAGAUCAUGCAAGAAUUGCAGCUAAGCUUCUCAAAGGAAUUUGAUGAAACAUCCAGUCAUCGAAUCCGAAGUCCGACUGACAUGCAGUUUGCCUUCUCUUAUUAUUAUUACAUCAUGAGUGAGAAGAAACAGAUAACAUCAGAGGAUCUUUUUCAAGAAUUUGAUGUAGACAACUCAGGAACCUGGUCAGACAGAGAGAUAAGGACUCUGUUGUCCCGUAUGGUGAGCCUCCCUCUGCUGAUGAGCGACAUCAGGACAUUUGAGGAUUUGAUUUUGAAUUGCUCUAAACACUUGCCACCUGAAUACUUUCAAGGCAGCACUCCUGCCUUUGAACGAUAUCUUGACUCUCCAUUGCCCACGGUCAGUCGGAACUUGAUCCUGAAUUGUUCUCCCGUCGUGGAUCAGAUGCUGGCAAAGUUUGGAACUAAGCCUAGAUUUAAGUAUCAAGUUAUGGGAGAUGAGGAAGCCACUUUUCACAUGAUUAGUUCCAAUGUCAGCCUUGUUGUGAGACAGCUUGACGAAAUGAGACGAAAUCCCAAGAAAUUCAUUUGUCUGAAUGAUGACAAGGAUCAAGAUGCCAAGGAUGUUCAUUUGAUCCAGGCUCUAAUGAGAGACUUCUAUGAAUCCAUUCACCCAAUCCCCUCUUCCUUCGAGCAUCCCGCGAUCCUGCGGAAUCGGUUCUUGUAUCUCAGAGAUCUCCAGGAUUGGCUCUUCUAUCGCAACAUCCUUCGCUUUCUCACCUAUGGACUCUUUUUCGUCCUCCUUCUCAUUACCCUUUUGAGUUUCUUGCGAGUCCAGACCCCUUCCUGCAGGGCGCUCAAUCCACCCACGGGGGAGUGGAUACUACCACGUCUUUUAGAAGUCAUCUAUGGCCAGUCAGAGAUCAAUAAGAGCAAUCAAGUGAAGAAAUGGUAG